AUGAAACUAGCAGCUAUUCUACUUGAGGCAGAAGAGCCUAGUAAAUUCGAGAACGAUAAAAAGUUCAUUCCUGAAGGGAGGUUCAAGUACUUGAUUAACAAACAAAUGGUCGAGGAUACAUUCUCUCCAAUAAAAGAUGAGGAUCUGACACGAUUCGUGCUCGACAACGCGAUCAUGUUGUUUGCACUUGCAACAUAUGCUGGGAUACGAAGAAAAGAGAUGCAUGAAGCAAUGAAGGCUUUUAAGGAUGCCAGAAUCACAGACAAGCAUCUGCCACUCAAAGCGGAGUCGUGGAAACGCAUCGUAACCGACAAUGAUGAUGACGGGGUUUGGACUGUGGCGAACUCAAACAAUUUUCUAAACUCUCAGCCGAAAUUCCUUGCCCCAGUGUUUGACCUCAGCCGGCACAACCACGACUUUCCCUCCACGGCAAUUCUUCCGUUCAUUAAAGAAGCCGUGCCUCUCGGAGAAGGGACAUUUGGAGAAGUGGUCAAAUAUGGCAUCCAUCCCGCGCAUAUGAUAAAGGUUAUAGAUGAGAAGGACUCAGAAGAUCAGGAAUUUAACUGUCCUGAAUUUGUCGCUGUCAAGAAGAUCCGAGGGUCCGGCCAGGAACGGGCACAGAUGGUGGCAAGUUGGGAAAAAGAAGGAGCUGUUCUACGCGACAUGAACAAACUCAAACAGAUACACAUUGUCCCAUUCUUCACAGCCUUCAGACAUGGACAUCAGGGUAACGAAGACCAUUAUUUGAUGUUUGCAUGGGCAAGUGGAGGCAAUUUGCGGCAAUUAUGGAGUACUAUGAAGUGGGAGUGUCUGUCCUCAGGAAUCGUCAGAGCGGUCCUCAAACAACUUCUUGGCCUAUCUGAAGCUAUAUACAACGCUCACGAGCCCUCGAUGGCUGCCGAAGGCUCCGAAAGAAGGAACAUGUUCGCCAAAGAUGGAUUGAGGGGCGACUUCUUUCGUCACGGAGACCUGAAGCCUGAAAACAUCCUCUGGUUCAAAGACGAGGAACACGAUAACGAAACUGGCUUCGAGAUGGGGACAUUGAAGAUUGGAGACUGGGGCCUUGCUAAACGACAGAAUAUUCCUACUCAACUCCGGACCCACCGAACAACGACGACAUUUGGAACAUGUCGAUAUGAGCCCCCCGAAGAGAUAACUGGUCACACUGUCAAUCUUGGGGUUGAUGUUAAGCGUCGUUCCCGGCUCUACGAUAUUUGGGGGAUGGGUUGUAUCUUUUUGGAGUUCUUGAUCUGGCUUUUAUAUGGCACAGAGGGCCUCAAGAAGUUCAACGAUUCCAUGGUAACCAAGCAAAAUCUUUGCCCACCAUUUUAUGAAAUAAUAGAGCGUGGUGGAAAGCCACAUGGCGUGGUUCACCCUUCUGUGGUCAAAUGGAUGGACCAUAUCGCCAAUGAUCCAGCAUGUAAUGGAGAAGGGACGGCGCUUGGGGGUCUUCUGAAGAUCAUUCGAAAAAGCCUUCUGGUAGUGGACUUGCCUGAGAAGUUAGGCUCACAUAUAUCCGAAACGGACCAUGCUGCCUUAAAUCCAUCUGCUCAGACAAGAACGGAUGAGGACGACCUACAGGCGGCAGACUCUGUUAACGCGAACGUUCCUCAAAUCACCGUAACCGGAACAACAACAAGAUUCCAAGACGAUCAAGAGCCAACGACCAACAUGCUCAAGGGACGCGAGAAGCCUCGCGCACGUGCGAGACAGUUCCAUCUUCUUAUGGCGGGACUAGUAGACUUAGACGACAACAGGGAAGAAUUUUGGCUUCCGGCCGAUCCUGGCCCCCCUUUAGGCCUUCAGAAACUACUGAAUAUCCCGCUAGAGGAAAGCAUCGUCCCCGACACGAUGACAAAAAAUAAUUCGGAAUUGCUGGCGGUAGCCAGCCUCAAGGACAUGGUGACAAUUCGAAAUGUGAGUUCAUAA